AUGGUUGUUUUACAAAUAAGGGAAGAACGAACUUACGGUCUACGGUUAUCAACUCAGAACGUCAAUGCACAAGGGUGUCUAAUAAAAGAAUACGAAUUCGAACCCGAUGUAUGCACUUUUCUCAAAGAAAUCCACUUCACAAACUCUUACUGCAAACGUGUUUCAGCCCAACUUUGUUAUCAGGAAACAGACACAGGGGAAACCACCUGGGUGGAACUUUUUAAACUGGAGCUAAUGAAGAAUGCCCACAUACCUCAUGGUGCAUGUGCUCACGUCAAAAUAAUGCUGCCUCCAACAUUUGAGACAGUGAAGUCCACAAAACGCCUACUUAGAUUAUGCGUACUAUUACAACAACCCUCAACAAUAUGGAAGGAAUUCACAAUAAAAAAUUUGCAGUUGUUCGACGAGUACUUAGUUCACGAUAAAAAAGAAACUACAGGAGAUGGUGAGGGUGAUAACACUUCGAGUGUGAAUGAUGCACAAAAUAACUUAGGAACACUUUGCAGUCUCAUCGAAUAUAAGCAAGGAACACGAAGUUCUAGAUAUGUAAGCAAACCAGAUAUCUCAUUCUUAACCAAUGGACACUUUGAGACGACAUGAAAUAAGUAUAAAACCUCUGGGAAUAAGCUUUAUUAUCUGAAUAUUAUACAUUCAACUCAAUGUAUGAAAGAAAAGCACCUACCGACACGAGGCUUAUAUAUAUAAGCUGUUACGGAAACUAACUUAAUAUGAAGAGAUAAAGGGGAGUGUUUGGCCCAGCAGAGGUUCGCCUUACCAAUCCAAUAUCUUAAGAAACUGCCGGACAAAAUGUACUUUAAACACGUUUUAAACUGUAAAUACCAUGGAUAAAGUAAUUUCUUAAUUGCUUCGUUCUUAAUGUAC